AUGCCAUCUCACAUCAACUUUGUGACCACAUUCUUCAUCUUCAGUGUCUUAAUUCAUCUCAAGGCAUUGCCGCCAUUUUCAUUUCGACCAUCGCGUUCUGUCGGGCAAGCGACAAUGGUCACGACAACCCUUCGACAGGCUGCUAGCGCGACUGUCGACACCAUCUCCAUUGUCUCUACCGACCUCGCCAAUGUGGCCCGAGAUCUUCCAUCAGCAUAUGCAGAUUAUGUCGCUUCAAACUCCUCCUCCGUGUCCACGAUCGAGAGUAGCCUUCGCUCGUUAACCUAUCUCCUCCCCGGCGCCCGACUUCAUGACACCGAAAUCGCCUCCGAGUCAGUUCAUACCUUCGUUCAGUUAUUGUCCAUCUACCAUGACCACAUCCUCAAGAAUCGUGCACGAAUCCUUGCACUAUCCCCUACGAUUCUAAAGCCUCGGAACAUCAAGGCCCAGCAGCCUAAACCGUCAUUGCACUCUCGCUACACUAUGUUUUGGUCUUCCUCGUCCUCCUUGUAUACUAAGAUCGCGACUUUGUUGAAGGUCGCGCAAUAUACAGAACUCCUAUGGGAGAUGAUCGCACGCAGGAGGGGGGGUGAGAGAACAAGAUGGAGGGUGGUGGUGCUGUUGGAGUCACUGAAAGCAAUCUGCCGUUUGCUCUUGUUGAAGAUCACACGCUCUCGCCCCUUGGUCAAUCCACCCCUGCCGUUGCGAGAAGAUUUUGCCCCAGUCGAGGCCGAAGGAUCGGAAGAAGAAUUCAACCAGGAACAUCUUCGCGGUGACGAGUUCGAUGUCAGGACCGCUCUCGGUGAUGUUGGUGUUCCCACACCACCGCUGUCAGAUUCCGGCAAGCCGUCUUCUCUAUCAACCACCGAGCCUUACUGCAUGCCCCGGACGGGGUAUACACUACCCACCUUGCCUACCACCGACUCAGUCUCUGCAUAUUUAUUCAACCAUGUCCUUACAGCUGACGAUGUCAAACCUGCCAAACAACUCCUCCAUCGCCUCUCCACCCUACGCGGACAAGCAGCAGAGACCAUGUACAUCCUCAGGCCAGUUAUAUACGCUUUGCUCAUGCAAAGAAUGGCCCGUACGUAUGGUUACGAAGGAAAUAAGUGGAAGCGACACUGGACCCCCUGGUUGAUUGGUCUUUCAAUUGAGUACUUCGCUCGGCAGCUUGCCAAGCAGGACCUGUCUUCUCGUUCUCCGGUCGGUUCUCGGAAUGCGCUCUCGGCGUUGGAACGAGACGAGUUCAAGAAGCGUCAUUGGAGCCUGGCGUGGUGGGGUAUGCGAGGCGCCUUCUAUGAGAACAUCACUAAGAAGUGGAUUCAUGGCGCAGCAAGUUCGUUAAAAGGCAAGCCGCUGCUCGACUUGGUGGGAACCGUUGUGGAGGACUAUGAGUAUCUCUGGAGCAGCUAUUAUUUCAGCACUUCGACAAUGUGAGUAGUUCUGGGGGAAAUGUCUUUGAGUGGUAUGAUCAUAGCAGUCCAAGGCAGAUGAGGUACUCUAUGCACCCAGGAGGUUCACAUCAGUGAGUGGGCAUAUUCUCCUCCAAUGUUACGAAUAGGUCGGCGUUUUGAGUUUGAACAAACUGCAUUAGACAGGGUUUUACCUGCUGGUAUGUACCUACUUCCAGGAUGUGGCAAUUUUAUUUGUGAUGAGACCGCUUUCCGUCAGCCAUAUUCUCGCUCUCUGUUCUCCUCUUCCAAAGUUGUUGUGAGUGUUGUCUUGUGGUGGAAUUUUCUUAGAGCAGGAUUGUGGCAAUCAUCU